AUGGGAAAGAAUAAAGGCGCCGGCCAGCCACUGACACAGGAAGAAAUCUGGGACGACUCCGCUCUCGUUCAGAGCUGGGAUGAGGCCGUUGAGGAAUACAGGCUCUACCAUAGCAUCCACGCCAAGGGCGAAAACGUCGAGGAUGUCCUGAGAGAAGCGGAAGCUGCGGAUCAAGCUGAAGCUGAGGCUGCGGCCGCGAUUGGAGGCGCCGGGUCGUGGACGCGAGUCGAUGUCGAGAACGACGACGACAUGGCUGACGCGGAACCGGCGACGGCUGCGCAAGUACCAGAGGCGGCAACGACAAGCGGGUCUACGCAACGACUUGAUCAACCAAGGAAAGACGGAAGUACGGCGGCCUGGGCUGCUCAAGCGGGUGGGAUGCCGCAUCCCGUUUUCCCGCAAGGUAGGCUGGACUUUGUUCGUUUGCGAGGAACUUGCUGA